GUGAAAUGCAGAGUUUCCGGGGCAGCGGCAGUAGGGGGCUACGGAGCGAGAAGCGGCUGGACAGGAUUUAUUAUGAAUUGAUCUGGUGGGAGAAACGUCAGGACUGAAAUUCACAAACCCCCCCCCCCCAACCUCUGCGCAGGACGUUAACGAUUGACGAGGGAUGGCUCAUGUACACAGCAACACACGCCGUCUCCUUGGCUGUGAGGCGAUUCCUGGACUGGGGCUGCUACAGACUGCAGCUAGCAAAAAGCUGGGAAUGUUAAGUGCUCGUUUGUCCCGUAAUGCGCGGAAUGAAGAAGGGGAUGAAGAGGAGGAGGAAGAAGAGGUUGAUGACAGUGAUGACGAUGAUGAUGAUGAUGAGAGUGAUGAAGUAGAAGAAGUAAGGGACGUGGCAGUAUCACAAAGCCUGAGCAACAACACUUCGAGUCAGCAGAAAAAGAAGGCGAAAGCUCUGAUUGUUAGAGACCAGGACUCGGUUUCCCAAUCCACUAAAAGCCACAAGAAGGAGCUCAUUACAGAAGAAAAUGGCUCCUUUUCUCUUGGCAUACCCAAGAAUUUUAUCUGCAAACAUUGUUAUGGGGCCUUCAGGAGCAGCUACCAUCUCAAGAGACAUUUGUAUAUCCACACAGGUGAGAGACCAUACGAGUGUGACAUGUGUGACAUGAAGUUCAUUCAGAAAUAUCACUUGGACAGACACAAACGAGUUCACAGUGGUGAAAAGCCUUACCAGUGUGAGAGAUGUCAACAGGCAUUUUCACGCACUGACAGACUUCUGAGGCAUAAAAGGAUGUGCCAGGGCUGCCACUCGAAAAUCACCGACACCAACUAUGCGCUGUAAAUUUCACAUCCCGCAUCGCUUCCAUCACAGAUUUACCUACGUCAAGGCAUUUCACAGCAUCUCUAGCUGUCAGAAAAUACAGGACCUGUAAAUACAGGGAGUAGUUAUCCCCCUUUUUUAUUUUUAGUUUUUAAUGAACCGCUUAUGUUUCACAAGGACAGCGACACAUGUUAAUGCAAAGACCGAGAACUACGCAGACUUUUUUUUCUUGCUUUAAACAGGCGAAAAGAAGAGUAGCGUGGUUCUACGAACAACCACCUAUAUUAAUCCUGGGUUCUCUUUCCGAGAUAUUCUGAAAUAUCGGUAAAUCUGAAGUGUUACUUUCGCUUUUAUUUUUUCUGAGAAGGGGAGAUGUAUUUCACCUGACAAAUGUUUCACGAUAUGUAGACCUUAAACAUUUAAAGAGGCAGUUCAUCCCUAAAGAAAAUAGAAAUAUUUAGUAUUUUGAAAAUGAUUUUGAGAUUGUGUUUGACGGGACCAAGUCAUUUGUGAAGUUACUAACUUGUUACUUCUCAGAAUAGUUGUUAUACGGUUUGUACCUGUUUUUGGUUGGGUACCUUCUGUCCGGCCAAUGUAACGAUACCAUAUUACUAUUAUUAUUAGGAUGUUUUAACACAUGAAACCAGCCCCACAAGUUACAAGUGUACGUUUGCAAAUUACCAAUAUUUUAUCGUUUUGGGGUCUUUGACUGUGAUAUCUAAAAAACAUCGCUAUUUUUUGUUACUAAGGUAUAGAUAUUAAAGGACUUCGCUAAUACUGUAAAAUUUACAAAUAUAUGUCUAAUUUUUUUAAAUAGAAUUUCUGAUCUAUUGUAGUGUGAUAUUCUAGAUGUAUACACCUGAAAUCACCUGUCAUUCCUCCUGAUUCCUAAAAUGAACUGCAUUUUAUUCCUUUAGUGAUUUAAAAUCUUAUGUCUAACAUUAUUAGAGUUAAAUUCAAUUUUCUACGCUACAAUUUCUAAAGUUUUAGAAUAGUUAGCAAUAUGUAGUGAGCCAGACCAGAUGAAGAUGCUUUAUGGGUUGAUCUAAAAUCCGUUGCUUUUGAUUUUUGGUAACAUGCUCUUCAACAUAUUUGUGCAUUUUUAUUUUUCACGGAUUGGUUCUUUUGUCGCCUUGCCGAAAUGAUUCAAUGCUUUGCAUGUGAUUUUUUUUUUUUUUUUUUUUUUAUUUUUUUUUUUAGUACUAUGUCAUACAUGUGUAUUUGGGUUUUAAAUCACUGCCUCAAUCUACAAUAUUAACAGUGUUUUUUGUAAAUAAAUCAAAAAGUAAAAGAAA